AUUGAUGAUGACAGUUUCGAAUUGACAAGCACUGAUAAACACAAGAUUUCCUCCAAAAAUUACCACAAUUUUUACAUAAAUAGGUACUGGAGGUAUUGCUUUGCAUUACGCGUUUACGAGUGUAUUUUACUUUUUAAGCUAAAACCAUUAGGUAUGUUAUGUAUGGUCAAUAUUUGUGAUUGAAAAUAUUUGUACAUUUAUCAUAAAAUUACUUUAUUAUUUGUAAUAAAAUGGAUGAAACAAAGAAAGCGCAACCAACGGUAGAAGAACUAAAAAAUAAGGGGAAUGAAUGUGUUAAGGAUGAGAAAUUUAUCGAAGCCGUAUUGCAUUAUACGCAGGCUAUUAAAAUGGAUCCCAAUAAUUACGUUUUAUACAGCAAUAGAUCAUUUGCCUUCUUGAAGUUGGAUCAACAUUAUCUGUCACUGCAAGAUGCAAAUGAAACUGUUAGACUACAACCUAAUUGGGCUAAGGGUUAUUUCCGAAGAGCAGAAGUGGAAGCAGCCAGUGAAUUAUAUGAUGAAGCCAUUAUAUCUUACACAAGGGCUUUGCAACUCGAACCUCAUAAUGUAAAAUUAAUGGAAUCCAUAAAAAACAUUACCAAUAUGCAGGAAAAGAAAUUAAAAGAUAGUCAAAAUACAAUAUGGAUUUGUACAUGUGUGGGUCUCAUCACUGGGAUUGCUGUGGUCAUAUUAGAUUAUAGUUUUACUGCCAACCCUACUUUAACUCAUCCAUUCAGUAUGAUUGCAUUCUCAAUGGCACUAUCUGGUAUUGGAUUUGCUGUUGGUAAAACGGCAGCUAUGAUGAACACAUGGAGUGCAGGGAAAUCUCUUCAACCACCAGAAGACUUAGGAAAUGACAAUUCGAAUGAAAAAGACAACACAAUGCCUGAAAAGAAAACUAAAUAUAGCAAAGCACAAGCCCGACAAAGAUAUAAGCAAGGGAAACUAUAGUUUUAAGAAUGUUCAUUUUCUCUAGUAGAUUAUAAGCUUGCAUAUUCCACAUUUGGGUGGCGGUUCUCUUUCAUCAAAGAGAUGUGUUGUGUUCAGGGCUUAGGUAAUUCAGAGUUUGUUACUGAAAAAGACAAUUUUAUAAAUGUGAUUAAUAAGCAAGGCCAAAAAGUUUCCAUCAUACCUGAAAGUUUAUUAAUAUUUGAUAAUGUUUAUAAUAUUAUGUUGUUUUAUAUCCAGAUGAAUCGAAUUUGUUGUGUGGGAAUAGUUAAAAAAUUGUAAAAGUUAAAUUAUCCUUAUAUUCCUCCAGUUAAAAAAAUAUAUCAAGUUCUAAACAAA